GGCUCCGCGCUGGGAAGGCGUUUGCAGCUGCUCCGUCAUCCCGUGGCCCGCUGCGAUCCCGCGCUCGUGUGCAGGCCCGGCUCGGUUUCUGGUCCCCGGUACGAGACUUCACGCGAGGCCCCGGGCUCGGUCCGCGGACUAGGCCGCGACUCCGGGCACCAUGAAGCAGGAGGGCUCGGCGCGGCGCCGCGGCGCGGACAAGGCGAAGCCGCCGCCGGGCGGAGGGGAGCCCGAACCGCCCCCGCCCCCGGCCCCCCAGGACGUGGAGAUGAAGGAGGAGACGGCGGCCGGCAGCGGGGCCCCCGGGGAGGCCGACGGGAAGGCGGCGGCCACGGCCGAGCACUCGCAGCGGGAGCUGGACACCGUCACCUUGGAGGACAUCAAGGAGCAUGUGAAACAGCUGGAGAAAGCUGUUUCUGGCAAGGAGCCGAGAUUUGUGCUUCGGGCCCUGCGGAUGCUGCCUUCCACUUCACGCCGCCUCAACCACUAUGUUCUCUAUAAGGCUGUGCAUGGCUUCUUCACCUCCAACAAUGCCACCCGAGACUUCUUGCUGUCCUUCCUCGAAGAGCCCAUGGACACAGAAGCCGACUUACAGUUCCGCCCCCGCACGGGAAAAGCCGCAUCGGCCCCUCUGCUGCCGGAAGUGGAAGCCUAUCUCCAGCUGCUCAUGGUCAUCUUCCUGAUGAACAGCAAGCGCUACAAAGAGGCACAGAAAAUCUCCGAUGACUUGAUGCAAAGGAUCAGUACUCAGAACCGCCGGGCCCUGGACCUCGUGGCCGCCAAGUGUUACUACUACCACGCCCGGGUCUACGAGUUCCUGGACAAGCUGGACGUGGUGCGCAGCUUCCUGCAUGCGCGGCUGCGGACAGCCACUCUCCGGCACGACGCGGACGGGCAGGCCACGCUGCUGAACCUGCUGCUGCGGAACUACCUGCACUACAGCCUGUAUGACCAGGCGGAGAAGCUGGUGUCCAAGUCUGUGUUCCCCGAGCAAGCCAACAACAACGAGUGGGCCAGGUACCUCUACUACACAGGGCGAAUCAAAGCCAUCCAGCUGGAGUACUCAGAGGCGCGGAGGACGAUGACCAACGCGCUUCGCAAGGCCCCGCAGCACACGGCUGUGGGCUUCAAACAGACGGUGCACAAGCUGCUGAUCGUGGUCGAGCUGCUGCUGGGCGAGAUCCCCGACCGCCUGCAGUUCCGCCAGCCCUCGCUCAAGCGCUCGCUCAUGCCCUACUUCCUGCUCACGCAAGCCGUCAGGACGGGGAAUCUGGCCAAGUUCAACCAGGUCCUGGAUCAGUUUGGGGAGAAGUUUCAGGCUGACGGGACCUACACGCUGAUCAUCCGGCUGCGGCACAACGUGAUUAAGACAGGUGUGCGCAUGAUCAGCCUGUCCUACUCGCGCAUCUCGCUGGCGGACAUCGCGCAGAAGCUGCAGCUCGACAGCCCCGAGGACGCCGAGUUCAUUGUUGCCAAGGCCAUCCGCGACGGCGUCAUCGAAGCCAGCAUCAACCACGAGAAGGGCUACGUGCAGUCCAAGGAGAUGACGGACAUCUACUCCACGCGGGAGCCGCAGCUGGCCUUCCACCAGCGCAUCUCCUUCUGCCUGGACAUCCACAACAUGUCGGUCAAGGCCAUGCGGUUCCCGCCCAAAUCCUACAACAAGGACCUGGAGUCGGCGGAGGAGCGGCGCGAGCGGGAGCAGCAGGACCUGGAGUUCGCCAAGGAGAUGGCGGAGGAUGACGACGACAGCUUCCCCUGAGCGGGCGGGCGGCCUCGCCCCUCGGCCCUGCGCGGCGCCCACGGCGCGGUUCGCGGCGGAGCCCCGGAGCCGGCCUGUGUUGGGUGGAAUGUUUUUUCACGCCUCAGUUAGGAUUUUUAAACAAUAAAGAGUUCUCCAAA